GUGUGCAGCAAGCCCAUACUAAACUGUAGAACAUGAAAUCAAUUGAGGCGGCUUUAUUACUGGUAAGAAAAGCAAAUGAGUGGUGUCGGACAUGUAGACCUGUCUGUGACUGUUUUUGUCUGACCCACUAUAAGGAGCACAGCUAGGGCUCGGUUAAUAAAUUGUCAUCUGAGUAAAUAGCAUACGAUUAUUCUAUUAUUAUUAUACGGUUAAUGUCAAUUGGUCUCUUUCAUUCUAGCAGUCUUCCCUACUAGCCAAUUCCACAAGUAAUGCGGAAGAAACAUCAGGAGGGACAACACCUUAUGUACAGCCCUCCGGAACUCUCCCCAAAAGAGUACCAGGGCCUGCAAAAAAUGAGCGGGAUGAAAUGCCACACGAGCAAGAAUCACUUCCAGGCGCAAUGGCUGCUGCUGCUGCACCAGCACCUCAAAGGCGUGGUAUCCCCAGCUCAUGGAAGAUGCAGAUUGCUGAAAUGAUUAAGCAGCCGACGACAGCCCGCCCUCGCACCACAUCCCGCCGGACUCGGGCACGUCUUGCUCAGUUGCCUCUCUACGCAUGCCCGAUGCCUGCGCCGGUGCCUGAUGCCAGGCACAGCGGCCCUUGCUUGGACACGGCGGAGGCACAGCUGAAGGCAGCUGAGGUGCCUCUUAAGAAACGCCCCUUCGAUCCGAGUGACUACACUCACCCAUAUGACCUGACAUCGUGGGUUGCUUCACUUUCCCAAAUGCAGCCCGGGGAGCCAAGUGAUUUGGACGAAGACAACGACAAAUAUACAUUUCAUCGACCAUUGACUUUUGAAGAAGAUUCCGUGUGCGAGGCUCUCUCAACUGUGUCACUGGUCUCCUCCACGGAACUAGAAGCUGAAUUUACUUCGGAGGGUUCCACCACAGAUGCCCUAGCUGUCAUGGAGCCGAUGGAGACUCCCCGUCUGCUGGAGACUACGGGAGAUAGUCCUACAGAUACUCCUCCGAGAGGCAGCCUGGAACCCCUUCCUCCACAGGAAGCUUCCGAGAUGCAGAUAGCUGAAAUGACUAAGCAGCCGACGACAGUCCGCCCUCGCACCACAUCCCGCAGACCUCGGGCAUGUCCUCCUCAGUUGCCUGUCGACCCAUGCUGCCCUGUGCCGGUGCCUGAUGCCAGGUACAGCGGGCCUUCCCUGGACGCGGCACAGGCACAGCUGAAGGCAACUGAGGUGCCUCUUAAGAAACGCCCCUUCGAUCCGAGUGACUACACUCACCCACAUGACCUGACAUCGUGGGUUGCUUCACUUGCCCAAGUACAACCCUGCGAGCCAAGUGAUUUGGACGAAGACAACGACAAAUAUACACUUCAUCAACCAUAUGCCCUACCUGACCUGGAGCCGAUGGAGACUCCCCGUCUGCUGGAGACUCCCGCAGGUAGUCCUACGGAGACUCCACCGAGAGGCACUUUGCAGAGCCUCGAACCUCUUCCUCCACAGGAAGCUUCCGAGAUGCAGAUAGCUGAAAUGACUAAGCAGCCGACGACAGUCCGCCCUCGCACCACAUCCCGCAGACCUCGGGCAUGUCCUCCUCAGUUGCCUGUCGACCCAUGCUGCCCUGUGCCGGUGCCUGAUGCCAGGUACAGCGGGCCUUCCCUGGACACGGCACAGGCACAGCUGAAGGCAGCUGAGGUGCCUCUUAAGAAACGCCCCUUCGAUCCGAGUGACUACACUCACCCACAUGACCUGACAUCGUGGGUUGCUUCAUUUUCCCAAGUACAACCCUGCGAGCCAAGUGAUUUGGACGAAGACAACGACAAAUAUGCACUUCAUCGACCAUAUUCCGUGUGCGAGGCUCUCUCAACUAUGUCACUGGUCUCCUCCACGGAGCUAGAACCUGAAUGUACUUCAGAGGGUUCCACCACAGAUGCCCUACCUGACCUGGAGCCGAUGGAGACUCCCCGUCUGCUGGAGACUACGGGAGAUAGUCCUACAGAUACUCCACCGAGAGGCCCUUUGCAGAGCUUGGAACCCCUUCCUCCACAGGAAGCUUCCGAGUCUGACGAGGACUUGCCAUUCUAUGACCUGGACAGCUAGCAAGUGUCCACUCGGGGUAAGUCGCAGUGCUAUGUUUCUCGUAUCAUUAUCUUGUGUGGCAUGCCUUUAAUUUUUUACUUCUCACCAUUGCAUGAGCAGUGUCACAGUGAAAGCCUUUGAAAGCAUUUGUGGUGCAGCCUAGGCUGGUUGGUUCAUAAUCUGCAUUUAUUUGGGCACCCACUGAGCCUUCUACAUUUAGUGUUCAUCUGCUGCACAGGCAUUCGGAACUAUCGCAUAACGAAGCCAAACCAAGACUGGUGUUCCGAAAGUGUUCAAUGCGUGUAUUCUUAAUGCUUGUAGAGUAGCAAGCCUACAGUUUGACUGUGCUUGCUUCCCAACUGCUUUAGUCAUUAUGGAUCACUACCUGCUUUAGUCGUUAUGGAUCACUAUGGAAGAUCUGCCAAUAUUUAAUAAUUAAAAGGGUCCUGAACCACCCCUCAGGCUUGGUGAAAAACUCCAACUUCAAUCUCCAAAAUUCCAAUCCAACUUGCGCUUCAAAAUGUGCAAGUUGGAUGCUACUAUCCGUCGGUCAAGCUGGUGCAGGGCAAAGCUGCGGUCUUCACCAUGUAGCACAGCCAGACUGGAGCACAUGAGCGCAAGCGUGCCCUCCUGACCCGUCAUGCACAAAGCAAACACUGCGCUUAUGCAUUACAGAUGCACGUUGCUGCAGUCUGCUUCGUAGCGUAGAUACCGUGGCCACCGCGGGGUGCUGGGUACAAGCCCACUUGCUGAGUGCACUGUGGCUCACUGAGGACAACGCGACGCACCCUAGGCACCAAAAUCAAAAAUAGUGGCGUCUCCGUGAACAUUCAAAAUCAAAUUUGAACUGCACGCCAUGGUGACAUUCAGUAGGUGGUGUGUUGUGGGCACGCCCUGCUCCACCGUAGCCUUCACAGUGCAAGACAUUGAAGGAGGAGCGGGAGCAUCGUGAAGGGGAUCAAAGGCGAUUUUUGAUUGCCCAUAGCUCCGCUUCUGCUGAACGCAUUGAAGUACUUUUUGCUGCAACGUAUUUCUGAGAUAAUCAAGUUUAACUUGAAAUGCAUUUCUCGACUUCGAUAAAGGGUGUUUUAGGGCCCCUUUAAAGGGUAGGGCAUUGUUGCAUUGUGGUUGUAGUCUUGGAUGCAGUUUGGCCUAGUGCCAUAGUCUCUGGUUUGCACUGUCCGCACCAGCAGGCUGCCUCAAGACAGCUGUAGAGGUGGCACCCAUGGUUGAAUAAUACCACAUUGCGUUUUAUGAGCGACUGCCCCUAGAGUCCCAGUAGUUGCCAACACUAAUGAACUUAUUUGCCAGUUGACAGUCAGCACCUUUCCCGUCCGUGUGCGUUGCACAGCCUUUAUGAGGGAGUGGACAGCAGUUGUGGUGAGAGGGCAUUUUGCUGUGAUGACAAAUGUUAAAUAAAAAAAAUUUAAAUAAUGCUUCACCAUCAGAGUGACGGGUAUUUCAGGAAAUCAUAGGAAAGAGCAGACUGUUUGUUAACCCGUUCAGCAUCGCUGACAUACCUGUCCAUUUCCACAUUUCUGUACUGCCAUGUUUCUUUUGACAUCUCUUUUGUAAGAUAGGAAAUUGAGGACCACACUGAGAGAGCAUUUGCUAUUAUCCAUGUCAUUUUUUAAUUUCUGUGCAACCAAAAAUAAAGCGUGUUCAUUUUAAAAUAUCGGAGACGCUGGAGGUGCGUCAUUAAAAAAAAAAAAAAAAAAAAAACCUGACACUGAAAGGGUUAAACAAAAGUGUAGGAUCUGUGCUGUGAUUACAGAAACACUAUUUGGCUCAUGCGUUCAUGACAGCAUUAUAGAGUAGAUUUGAGUGAUACAUACCCAUGGCGCACAAAGGCACUUUCCAAUGGCUAUUGAGUCAAUGGCCUUUCAUGUUCUUAGAUUCCAUUAAACUUGGAGUUGUGUUGUUGCUACACAGCAAUCUCGGUCGCCAAAAGGUUUCAAUAAUCUCAACACAAAGUGCAUUUGGCAGUGCUGUUGCAACAAUUCUGCAUUCCUGAAAGUGCCCAGCCUUCAGAAUUUAUCUAGAAAGUGCAUUUUCACUGCUGUAAAGUUUUUAAAUAUACUCAAAUAAUGUAACAUCUUUAGUUUUAUUAUUGUCACAGGUAAGCAUUUUUCAUAGACCAGUGUUAAUUUUGCAAGCGAGCUCUGGCAGCAUUGAUACUGCUGCCUGCAGCAUUUUUAAUAUGGCAUGGGACCAACACUUGCUGUUGAUGCAAGAUAAUUAUUUUUACAAGGUGAAUAGUUUCAUCUUAUUGUUUUUUUCGUUUGAACACAUUGUUUACAAUGUGCUGGUGACAGGGUACCCUUGCCCACUGCUUGAGGGCCUUCGAAAUGUCAGUACAGUUUUGCACAAUUCUAUCGACUUGUUGGAAUAUUGAAGACUGCUGUUGCUUUGGCACUGUUCAGAGACUGCUGUGGACAUCCACUUCACUACGUAAAAUCUUACAAAGUACCCAAUUUUUUGCAGAUGGUGAACAGACUGUCUAAUGUUGGGCUCCACAGCAGAGGACCUCACAUGUGAAUGAUGUCUUGAAGUGGCUUUGUGGAAAAACAUCACGCUGCAGUCACCUGACAUUAUGGUCUAAUUCGCUGCUGCCAAAUUAUUUGAAAUUUUCGGUUGUUACUUUUAAGCACUGUGCUUUUCCUUACUCCAUGUUCUCUGAAAUGUUGUUCUCACUGUUUUCCUUGUUGGAUAUAGUUUCUUCAGUAAUGACAGUUGUGAUCUACUGUGUAAACUUUCUAGAACAUUUUCCUAUCGUUACUUCUUAACAUGCACUCGCCUACCUCAGCUGCCUGUGAAGUUUUAUUAAGUGAUGUUUUAUGGAGCCGCAGUGCAUGAAACGCUGGCUUCUCACAUUGCAGUUCAUGAAACAACCAUUGAAAAAGCUGGAGCUGUUAUGUGUCUUUCAUUCUUUAAUGACGCUCAUGUGCUGUGCCAUGGAAGAAUUGGCCCUCUACAUUGUGCAAGAAUCACGCUGUGGAAAAUGCAAGUUUGUCUGUAAAGCCUUGCGCAGCUGCAGUUUAGUUAUCCAUUAUAAAAACAGCAUAACAGUGGACGGAGGACGGAAAGAAAGAAUGAACGAACAGAGUGCUCGUGUCAGUUGUUUCCUUCCGUCCUCCCUCCACUGUUGCGUUGUUAUUAUGGAUUAUCAACUAGUCGGUCAUACACAUAGCAGUUUAGUGCGUGACCUUGUUUUCUUAAGUGCCUCUCCCCCCCUUCGUUUGCAUUAACAAUAAACUGAUUACAGCAUAG